CCUUUAAAUAAUAUCAACACCAUCAUCAUGGAAUCUCUAGAAAGACUUCCAGACGUGAAAGUAUUGCCAGUGUUUCUGAUACUCAAUUGUUUAUACAUUCAGCCGAAGAGAUUAAUCAAAAGUUUAAAACAUUUGAUUUAGGUACUCUGAUGAAAUCUGCUGGAGUUACUGAAUUAGGGGAUGAAGAUAAUGAUCCUAAAUCGGCAGCUCCAUUAAGAAGAUAUGAUACAACAUCUUCAUAUUCAUCAUAUACUUCUGAAUCAGGACCUUCAUCAGGUGAACAUGAACUUGAACAAGUUGAAGAAGAUGAUAGUGAUGAAGAAGGAAAUUUAACUUUAGCCUUUAGUUCUAAAGUUCAACCAUUAUCUCGUCCUAAAUUAUUUACUUUAGAUAAUCGAGCUAGAUCUCAUGAAUCAAAUUUACAUGGAUUAAUUCAUCAACCACCAACUUAUGAUGUACCAUUUAUAUUUCAAAAUCAAGGAGGUAUGCCUGAAUUUGAAGAUGUACCUGAUGGAUUAAUUUCAGGAGUAUCGGAAAGUCCUGGUACUGGUACUGGUACUGGUACUGGUACUGGUACUGGUACUGGUACUGAAACUCCAGCUUAUUCCUUAAUGACUCCUUCUGGAUCUUUAAGUACAAGUAAUGGAUCUUCAACUACUUUAACUGGUAAUCAAAGAGUUUUAAGUCCUGAAAAUUUGGCAGGUUCGGUAUCUCCACCUCAACCUCAAGAAUCAUCUUCACUUUCACUUUCACCUUCACCUUCUAUAAAUCCAAAAUUCUUAAUUCCACCUAAUGUUGUUGAUAGAAUCAACAAGCAAGUGAAAGUAUCAUCUCCAUUAGCAGGAACAAUGACUUCUACUACUACAACAAUAUCUCCAGAAGUAGCAACUUCUACUGUUAUUACUAGAAAGAAGGCUCAUGGUUUAAGAGAAAAUAUAUUCAAUAAUCAAUUCAAUAAUCAUUACAAGAAAGAUCCCGUUUAUUCUCCAUUCCCAACUGCUAUUCAUCUCGAUAAUGAUAAGGAGCAAUUGGUUAAGGCUACCACUCAGAAACAGAAUGAAAAUAGACCCACCUUCUAUAGAUCGAAUUCGAUCACAGUGGGGUUAUUACAACAUCAAAGAACUGAUACAGGAGAAGCAGAAUAGUAUGUAAGAUUUAUAUUUAUAUUUAUAUUUCUAUUUCUAUUUCUAUUUCUAUGGUGCUGAUGGUUCCAAUUGGGACCAGUAGUUAGUAAAUAAAAUUAAAUUACCUUUACCAUAAAGUAAAGAAGUAAUGAAGUAAUACUAAUAGAUUUCAUUGAGAGGGACAGGCAGAAUAUAAGACAAAGUAUCUAAUUUU